AAUUGUGGAGGGCGCAAUUUGUAAAGAUCUCUUAGAUGCUGCAUUUCAUCACGCGUUCGAUGUAUCGUGGCGUUUUUUUUUAUCGCAGCAAGCUGCCCCUCGCUUCAGCACCACGUGAGCGUGGACAGCGCCGCUCUCGCCACGUAACGCGCGCGCUCCCACGGAAAUGCAUUUUCCUCACCGCUCCGUUUAACCGCGAGUGACGUCAGAGGCGAGCGGAGCGGCCGGGUCUGCGGGAGACGGGAGUCCGGACUGAGCACCGGUGCAACACUGCAUGAGUCUGCUUUGGACCGAAAAGCUCCUAAAAAGAAAACACGGAAGACACUGAAACGCCCGAAACACUUCUGAAAAGUCUAUAAAAAGAUGCUCGAGAGACCUUGAAAUGCCCCAAGAUGCUUCGGAAACAGCACUAAAACGCUCCUAAAGUUACUAAAAAGAUACCGAAACGCCGCUAAAUUCUUCUCGAAGGUUACUGAAACGCUCCAGAACAUACCAAAUGCACCCGAAGUUACUAAAACGCCCUCGAAACACACCAAAAGAUACUGAAACACCCCAAAAUGCUUCUAAGGCUCCUAAAAGACAUCUGAAACGCCUUAAACACUCAUAAUGUUACUGAAUUGCCCCAGAAGCAUUUCUUAUAGUUACUGAAAAACCUUUGAAGCAUCAAGAAGAUACUGAAAUGCACUGUAAGGUUACUGAAACGUUGCUUAAACAGUCCUAAAGUUACUGAAACAUUCCUGAUAGGUUCUUGCGCUGCUCCUGAAGACACUGAAACGUUACUGAAAUGCUCCUGCAGUUUCUGAACCAUUCUUGAAACGUUCCUGAAACAUUCCUGAAAUGCUCAAGCUCCUAAAACGCUCUUAAAUUUCCCAAAGCGUUCUUGAAACGCUCCUAAAAUUUGUGAAACAUUAUUGAAACACUCCUAAAGCUCUUGAAACGUUCCUAAAGUUCCCGGAAAAGUUCUUGAAAUGCUUGUAAAGUUACUGAUACUUUCUUGAAAGCACUUAAAAAUUCCUGAAAUGUUCUUGAAAUGCCCCUAAAAUUACUGAACCUUUCCCAAAACUAAAACAUUCUUGAAACGCUCCCAAAGUUGCUGAAAUGUUCUUGAAACACUCCUGAACUCUGAAUGAUUUCCCCACCCGAGCAGUGGUUUUUCGAGCGUCGCACCAUGUCGAUCAGCACCGAGCUGCCCUUGCGCUGCCCGACCUGUGGAGAGGCGUGCGGGUUCGGGGAGCACCUCUCAGGCGUCCGCUCCUGCCAGAAACUCUGUCUGACCCCUCGCCGGAGCUCUGAGGGUGGACUGAUGUCCCUUUACGCCCAGCGAGCGAACGAAAUCGACCGCCCCCUCCGGCUGGAGCUCCUGGAUGCCCUGAGCUUGGCCCAUCCGCUCCGAAAGAUCCUCAUCCAGAGGGACUCGCCAUCGUCUCUGUCUCCGGUGCUGGCGGUGGCCGUGAGCUCCAGAGCUCCAGAAGCAGAGGCAGACUCCGGCCCCGUGGCCCAGCUGGGAGUGCCGUGGCUGGGCAGGCUGGCGCUGGAGGCCCGGCUUCAGCAGCUGGCUCUGGAGGUGCAGGAGCACGUGUCGCUCAAACUGGACGCUCUGCAGGACGAGGUGAAGCGGAGGAGCGCCGAGGUCAGGAGGGCCCGGAGAGAGAGCGAGCGCAUGCACAGAGAGAAGCGUCAGGCGGAGGAGCGGGCGGCCCAACUCGAGCGGCAGGUGGACAUAUCCGUGGAGAUGCUGGCCAGCCUCAGAUAUGAGCUGAGAGAGAGGGACGAACAACUGCAGCGCAAACAACAGGAAGUGUGUGAGCUGGAUAGGUUUGUGCGGGACACGGCGCUCCAGGAAGCCAGCGCAAAGAUCCGUCUGCAGCGCUUCAUCGAGGACCUGCUGGAGAGAGCCGAGAGAGCCGAGACGCAGCUGCAGAGCCUCCACGAUGAUGUCACUUCCCCUCACAGAUACCUGGCAGGAAGCAGAGCCUCAGGCUACCAGAGGAGUUACAGCGUGUCUGGGAUGAGCAGGAGAUCUUCUCAUGCGUCUGAUUACAGAGCUGCUCACUACUACAGGUUCGAGCGCAGGCCCCGCACGCUGUCGGUGGGAUCGGGCGGCUGCGAGGGUCACUGGGACGGACGGCAGUAUCAGCAUGUGUUGUGUGGAGCCAUCGAGGGGCCCGACAGUGGCUCCGAAUCACCCUGGAUGAUCCAGCACACACACACUGAUGCAGAUUCAGACAACUGGUCACUUUACACCCCAGAAUCACAGGAUGACACACAACACACCGGAUACAGGACCUACAGCCGAACUGGUCCGGACCUGCACUGGCGUGUGAACAGAUCCAGUGAAUCAGCCGUGAACUCGGAGCGUCUGAGGCUCAAAGCAGCGCUCUUCUGUGUGUUCACUUACCUGGACACACGCUCGCUGCUCACCGCUGCUGAGGUGUGUAAGGACUGGUGCAGUGUCGCACGUCAUCCUGCUGUUUGGACCAGAGUCACACUCGAAAACGCACGAGUGUCAUCAAAGUUCCUGAUGACUCUGUCUCAGUGGUGCUGUCAGACUCAGUCUCUCGUUCUUCACAACCUCAAACCUCGAUCUCGUGGAAAGAAGGAGAGCAAAGAUGAGUACUCACGCAGCACCAGGGGCGGACUGGAGGCUGGGCUGGAGGCGGUGCUAAAGGCAGCGGGGCGGAGUCUGGUGUCUCUGAGCGUCUCUCAUUGUCCUAACAUUCUGACGGACAGAUGUCUUUGGCUGGUCAGCUGUCACUGCCGCGCGCUGCAGUCUCUCACAUACAGGAGCGCGUCGGACCCGGCGGGUCAGGAGGUGAUCUGGGCUCUAGGAGCCGGGUGCAGGAACAUCACGACGCUGCGCAUCGCUCCUCUACAGCCGUGCCUGCAGCCCGGCCGCUUCAGUAACCGCUGCUUGCAGACGAUUGGCCGAUGCUGGCCGAACCUGUGCCGUGUGGGAGUGGGCGGGGCCAGCUGCGGAGCUCAGGGAUUGGCCUCUCUGGCGAGGAACUGCGUGAACCUGUGCGAGCUGGAGCUGGAUCACAUGAACGAGCUGAACCAGGAGGCAGCGGCGGAGAUCUGCAGAGACGGUCUCCAGCAGCUGAACACGCUCAGCUUCGUCUCCACACCCGUCACCGCCAAAGCCGUCCUGCACUUCAGCAGUGUGUGUCUGAGUCUGAAGUGUGUGUUGGUUCAGUUGAGUAUCUCUGAUUAUUAAGACGCUGACAAUGAAGAAGCAAAGAGAUUAUUUGAGGAGAUUGUCAACAACCUACAGGCGUUGAGAAAGCGUCCAGCUCUGAGUGACGUCCUACAGAUCAGAGUGGAGAAAGCCUGAGAAUCACACACACACACACACACACACACACACAGACACAGACACACAGACACACACACACACACACACACACACACACACACACACACACACACACACACACACACACACACACAGACAGACACAGACACACACUCGUUGUUUUUACAAAAAAGCAAAAAGCAAAUCAUAAGGACCACAGACAUAAACAUAAACAACAUAAACCUUAAAGUAGAAUUUUGCAAACAACAUUAAAAUGGUUAUAUUUUAAAAUUAUUUACAUUUUAAACAUUUGUUUUAUUUAGUUUUUUU